AUGACUUAUGGACGGAUAUACCCAGAGGCCGGCGACCUACAUACUCAGCCCGACUCUUCUUCUACCGACGAUCUCACGCGACACAGUCAAUUCAAAGCCAGCUUUCUCACAGGAAAGUCAAUGACCAGGGCGGGGCGCUCCCAUCUUACAACUACACACGAUCACUUAGGUCUGUGA